CAUUAAGUCAGGUCAGGCUCACGUCACUGCCGGAUGGAACCUAUGUUGUCGGUUAUUAAGGUAGAUUGAGAGUUUCAGGAAGAGUACUUACAUGAACUUUGUUGCGAGUGCUUUGGCCUGUUUCUACUUCCUUUUUCCUCCUGGGGAGCUGGAAGGUGAUGCCAUUAUCGCUGGUGUGCUCUAUGACAUAGGACAGCGUUUGCAUAGUCUUCACGGUUGGCUAGGUAAGUAUGUUCGGCAAAGCACCAUGAAGAGAUCUCGAUCAACAGUUCUUUCAGUCUACAUCAGGAACAAUCAUCAUGAUGAGAGGUCAGCACAGUAUGUCGGAUUCACCAUUGGAGGAUACCCUUCCUUUUGAUGAGACAAGCAUCGCCCAUUUCACGCCGCAUGGCUUUUUGAAAGCCCCAAUAGAUAAAGUUAUGCG